GUUUCUUAUAAAGUCGAAGGCGUGUAUGAGGAGGACCGUCGACUUGCAAAGAGGCUGAGAUAUUCCCACAAUCUUAACAACGAUCGGAUUAAGCACAAACUGGUGUUCGAGUCGCGAAGGAAUGGAACCAUCCCCGCCCAUCACCCCCACCAUCCCAAAGCCUGGAAGCUCGUCCUCCACACCAUCGCAGACUGCAGCCAGAUCCAGUCAGACCAUUGGCACCCCCACCCCUUCCCAGGCUAAGCCAGCCACGUCAACCACACCAGUCUCCCUCUCUUCUCUCCCCUCAGCUUUCUCCUCUCGAGCCUCACCCAUACUCUCUCCCCCCUCUCCCUCCCUCUCAACUCCCACCAUCUCCCCUCUCCGUCAGCCCAUCAGGGACCCCUCUCAGGUUGGCAGGUCUCAGCUCAAUGCAGCCUCUACGGGGAAUUCCCCUACGAGACCCAGGGCUGCUGCCCCAACUCCACGGCCUCCUCCCACUCCUGAACCAGAGGAGCCAGAGGAUGAGCUGAAUUUCGAGGAGUUGGAGGAGAAGGCAAAGUCUGGAGAUGCAAAAGCACAGACCAAGAUGGGACGUUUCUAUCUAGCGUUGGCAGAGGAGAGAGAUGAAGAGCUGAACAACUGCACUGCGGUCACCUGGCUUGUCCAGGCUGUUAAACAGGGCCGGAAGGAUGCCACGAAACUGUUACAGCACUGCCUGGCCUCCAGGAAAGGCAUCACGUCGGAGAACUUUGAGGAGGUGAAGAGGCUUUGCAUGGAGACGCGCUUUGAGAGAGGUGUGAGAAAAGCAGCCCUGCUCAUGUACUGGAAGCUGAACCCAGAGAAGAAGAAAACAGUGGCCAUCUCUGAGCUGCUGGAGAAUGUUGGACAGGUUCACACGGAGCCAGGUGAGCCACCUUCCCCAGGCCCCCUCUCCUGCUCUGCCCAGAAACAGAGGAGAGUCUUGGAGAGCAUGGUCACCAGCGAGGCCUAUUCCCAUUUGGGUCUUGACGACUUUGUUGAGAUGACUAAGAAGUACGCUCAGGGAGUCCCCCCCUCGCCUGUCAUGGCUGGAGCAGGAGGUGAUGAUGAUGAUGAUGAAGCUGUGAAGAAUCCAGAUGACUUGCCACUGCACCAGAAGAUUCUCAAGUUCCCGUUGCACGCUCUGCUGGAGAUCAAGGAGCACCUGAUCGAUUGGGCGUCGCGUGCCGGCAUGCAGUGGCUCAGCGCCCUGAUCCCCACACACCACGUCAAUGCACUCAUCUUCUUCUUCAUCAUCUCCAAUCUCACCAUCGAAUUCUUCAUCUUCCUCAUCCCACUGCUGGUCUUCUACCUCUCAUUCUUCUCUAUGGUCAUCUGCACACUGCGUGUUUUCCAGAACUCAAAGGCAUGGGAAAAUUUCCGGGCUUUGACAGACUUGUUGUCCCGUUUUGAACCGGGUCUGGACCUGGAGCAGGCCGAGACCAACUUCGGAUGGACACACCUGGAACCGUAUCUGUACUUCAUGCUCUCCGUGGUUUUUGUCGUUUUCUCCUUCCCCGUGGCGGACAAGACCUGGAUCCCGUGCUCAGAGCUGGCCACCGUCGCCCUCUUCUUCACCGUCACCUCCUUCCUCAGCCUCCACGCAUCUGCCCAGCUCUUCGCCCGCAGAGCCCUGCUCACUGAGGUCCUCUCCGGGGUCUGCUCCCUCACAUACCUCCUCCCCGACUCCCUGUGGUUUCUUCGGGUCUUGGGGGUGACGUUAAUCAGCGUGCCCCUGGGGGAAAUGGUGGCGCUAAACUUGGGCUUGCCCUGUCUCUUGUACGGACAUUUGUUCUAUCUCCUCUUCCGUAUGGCCCAGCUGAGAGGCUUCAAGGGCACCUAUCUUUGCCUGGUGCCGUAUCUGGUGUGCUUCACUUGGUGCGAACUCUGCCUGGUGUUCCUCAACAACUCCUCCACCAUAGGGCUCAUUCGCACCUGUGUGGGCUACUUCCUCUUCCUGUUUGCGCUCCCUAUACUGUCUUUGGGCCUUGCUGCCAUGCUCCUCAUCCAGUUGCUGCAGUGGUUCCUGGCCUUGGAACUGACCAAGAUGGUGGUUACACUGACCGUUUGCUUCGUGCCAGUGGUGUUGAGGCUGUGGACCAGGUUCAGCCUGAACCCCAUCGUGGUGCUUCGCUCUCUGUCGCGAAGUAGCAUCGUCAAGCUCAUCCUUGUGUGGCUUAGUGCCGUGGUGCUCUUCUGUUGGAUGUAUGUCUACCGCUCUGAGGGCAUGAAGGUUUACAACUCCACCUUGACAUGGCCCGAGUACAGCAACCUCUGCGGCCCGCGGGCGUGGAAGGAAUCCAACAUGGCCCAAACACAGAUCCUCUGCUCCCACCUCGAAGGACACCGUGUCACCUGGACUGGGCGCUUUAAAUACGUCCGCGUGACAGACAUCGAGAACGGCGCCCAGUCGGUUAUCAACCUGCUGCCAGUGUUUGUGGGGAACUGGAUGCGGUGUCUGUACGGUGAACCGUACCCUCUGUGCGAUUCAGGGGAAAAUGCUACAACCGAGCCCCAGCCCCUCCCCGCCCCGGCACCACCUGCAGAAGACGCUCUCUGUAAGCUAAAAAAACUAGCUAAGCACGAGUGUCACAUCAAACGCUUUGAUCGAUACAAAUUCGAGGUUACAAUGGGUAUGCCUUUAGAGAGGAAGACCAGAAAUGGAACGAUAGUGGAGGACGAGGACGCAACCAAAGACAUCGUCCUGCGGGCCAGUAACGAGUUCAGGCCUGUGCUGUUGCACAUGACCACAGGAAGCCUGGUGGAGUUUAGUACCAUUCUAGAGGGCCGGUUGGGUUCAAAAUGGCCCGUAUUUGAACUGAAGGCUAUCAACUGUAUGUCAUGUGCCGACACCCGUGUGUCCAGUCGCCGGCAGUACAAAAUUGAACACGACUGGAGGCGUUCGGCCCAGGGCUCUUUGCAGUUCGCCUUCGAUUUCUUCUUCAACCCUUUCUUGACCGCUCGGUUAGAGCAGAACUUGGAGACACAGACUGAGACACAGACCGAGAUACAGACUGGAGCCGAGGAGGGAGGAUAAAGCGAAAGAGAGGGUGAGCUAUCUAAGCAACUUGGGUAUGCUCUUUUUUCAUUAGCGGUUGUUGUGUUUGUAAAAUGUAGAGGAAAAAGAGUGCGGCUCAGCGGAUUUUAGAUUGCGCAAGUGUGUACACACAAAAAGUGGCACCAAAAAUGUAGUACGUGGGAGAAACAAACUAUUGACACUUAACUGCGGGACGCUACACACUACGUUAAGGAGGAGAAAAGUGGAUAACCUUACAUAUUAGUCCUCGGUACCAGGAUCAUCUAGUAAUGUUGUUUAUACACACUAAGGGAUAGUGCUAGAAGGAGAAAUGUUGAGGUACCUGUGCCAAUGUAAAUAUACAACUGAGUGUGUGUGUUCUGAGUGGAUGUGUUCAUGCUUCUUUCUUUUUUUUUCCUCAAAGCUUUUGAGCCAAAGUGUGUGAAAAAAUAAAAGCCGUUCUAGUAUAAUAAAAGAAAAAUGGCUGAGAGGGGAGAAUAACAUAGAAGGUCCUUUAACAGAUUACGAUGUUCGUUUCCACAGUGCAAGACACUACUUUGAGAAACCACCUCCUCAUCCACCAUCAGUGUUAAUAACAUUACAGAGUAUUCAACAGGCCACAUUUGAAAAUAAGCCUCAGACGUUGGAGUUCAUCGGAGUGCAUUUG